UUACUAUUGUUCAAAGUUUCCGCUACAUUUCUGUUAGGUGGAGUGUCUAACAUUCCUACAAGCUUCCCCCAGUCAGCGUCUAUAAUUAGCGCUCUAAAAACGAAACUGUAACUUCCAGCCAAUCAGAUCUGGGGGUUUCGAUUUAUUUUUAGAGACAGUUUUGUGUGUCAUAUAAAAAGAAUCGAAACAUGGUUGUCGCUAAGUCUGUAAUUCAAUCACAACGGAGAAUCUAGAUCUGACUAAUGUUGAUAACUGUUGUGUUGUUUUUUUUCUUUACAAGAAUCUUGAUCUAGGAAGUUAAAACUCGAUAUCAUUUCUGUUCAGUUUGUGUGCUUGAGCUUUCUAAGUGUUGAGGAGCAAGAAGUGACCCAUGGCGACACCGAUAAGGAAGAAACUUGUCAUUGUAGGCGACGGAGCCUGUGGUAAAACCUGUCUCCUUAUUGUCUUCAGCAAGGACCAGUUUCCGGAAGUCUACGUGCCAACAGUCUUUGAAAAUUACGUGGCGGACAUUGUGGUGGACAAUAAAACAGUUGAACUUGCACUAUGGGACACUGCAGGUCAAGAAGACUAUGAUAGGUUGCGCCCUUUGUCCUACCCUGACACCCAUGUCAUACUUAUGUGUUACAGCGUGGACAACCCAGACAGUCUUGAGAAUAUAGCAGAGAAAUGGACACCUGAGGUGAAACACUUCUGUCCCAAUGUACCUGUUAUAUUAGUAGGCAAUAAAAAAGAUUUGCGGAAUGACCAAGCUACUAUAGAUGAGCUGGCCAAAACAAAACAAGGUCCAGUUAAAGUGGAGGAAGGAAGAGCAAUGGCAGAUCGAAUAGGUGCUGCGGCCUAUGUAGAAUGUUCAGCGCGCACUAAAGAAGGUAUCAGAGAUGUCUUUGAGACAGCCACAAGACACGCACUGAAAACUAACAAAGGCAACAAGAAAAAAAUCAAGUGCAGCAUUCUAAGAGAAAACAGGUCAGUCAUGACGACAUUGAUAAGGAAGAAACUUGUCGUCGUCGGAGACGGAGCCUGCGGCAAAACUUGUCUCUUGGUUGUCUUCAGCAAGGAUGAGUUCCCGGGUGUCUAUAUACCAACAGUUUUUGAAAACUACGUGGCGGACAUUGUUGUGGAUAAUAAAACUGUCGAGCUCGCACUAUGGGACACAGCAGGUCAAGAAGACUAUGAUAAGUUACGUCCCUUGUCCUACUCGGACGCCAGUGUGAUUCUAAUGUGUUACAGUUGCGACAGCCCAGACAGUCUUCUUAACAUCGCGGAGAGGUGGGCACCAGAGGUGAAACAUCUCUGCCCCAAUGUUCCGGUCAUAUUAGUGGGGAAUAAAAAAGAUUUGCGGAAUGAUCAAACUACGAUAGCGGAAUUGGCCAAAAUAAAACAAUCUCCAGUCAAAGCUGAGGAGGGCAGAGCGAUGGCGGAGAGAAUCGGAGCAGCUGCCUAUGUUGAAUGUUCAGCUCUCACAAAAGAAGGAGUAAGAGAUGUUUUUGAAACAGCCACAAGAUGUGCUCUAAAGAAGCGUAAAGAGAAGAAGAAAAAAAAUACGACAUGCAGCCUCCUUUAAGCCGCUUGAGAGUAGACCCCUCCUUUAAAAUGAGACCGAGGUUUUAAAAAAAAGUCAAAAAAAAAUCGCGCGUAGUUUCAGUCAGAAAUAAUUUUGUGUUUAGAGAAUAAUUUAAUCCAUUUGUUUUGUCUAGAAUAAUACUCUCUGUGCAUUCCAUACAAGUUUCCUUGUAAUACCAUAUGUAAAUGCCUAGUUAUGUAUAAUAAAAAAAAAAAAUUUGUUGAUAUAUGUAUGAUAUAUGCUGAUAUGUGUUUGCCCAUUUGUUAGUGUCAUAUAGGUAAACAAAUAUGUGAUGUUGAAAAAUAAAUUUGACUGCUCUUACACGGGUGGAUGGGACUGGAAAGUGUACAAAAGUGCCUGAAACUUACAUUUCUCCUGAUCAAAUGUACGCAUCUCUACUCUCAAAAAAUAAUGUACCCAAUAAAUGUAUGUUGUUAAAUAAGGCGCUAAUAACCCUUUGAAUGCAUACAAAUUAAUGAGCUGUCAGUAUUAGAUGUCGUUUAUUUUUAUACCGUGAAAUAAAGUAUUCCACGUAUCCAGCUUAUCCAAGUCUACACUCUAUACAAUCACAAACACAAGUCUACAUUUCACACAAUCACAUACUUUUAAACUUCACACGAUCAUAUACUUUUACAAUGCACACAAUCAAAUACACACGCCUACACUUAUCACAAUCACAAUCACUUGAUUUUUUGUAGAGAAUUCACAAUGACAUACUUGUAAAUUUUAAGAAAAUAAUAAAACAGAAAAUUGCAAAGGUUUAAUUUAAAAACAUUGCACCUAUCCAUUUGUCUACAAUUGAAACAAACGGGAGGAGUGCUAAUCAUAGUGUAUCAAAUACUUCUGAUAACUUUCUAAAACAUCUAUUCUUCAGAUAUGUAAAGGACUUUUUGUGUAGUAUAUGCCGAUGUUCUUCUUCUUCUAGCCAGCUUCAUUGCUGCUGAGCUGUGAGCUCUUUUGCAGACUGUGCCAAGAAAAAAAAGUGUGCUGUUUUCUUCAGUUGUUCAGCACUGCCGUACAGGGUGUUGGUGUAUAUGCUGAUGUAAAGAAAGAUGUUUCUCUUCCAGUUAUUGAAUGUUGACUUGGAGAAAGAUGUUUCUCUAACAAUUAUAUAAUGUUGACUUGGAGAAAGAUGUUUCUCUAACAAUUAUUGAAUGUUGACUUGGAGAAAGAUGUUUCUCUAACAAUUAUUUAAUGUUGACUUGGAGAAAAAUGUUUCUCUAACAAUUAUUGAAUGUUGACUUGGAGAAAGAUGUUUCUCUAACAAUUAUUGAAUGUUGACUUGGACAAAGAUGUUUCCCUAACAACUAUUGUAUGUUGACUUGGACAAAGAUGUUUCCCUAACAACUAUUGUAUGUUGACUUGGACAAAGAUGUUUCCCUAACAACUAUUGUAUGUUGACUUGGACAAAGAUGUUUCCCUAACAACUAUUGUAUGUUGACUUGGACAAAGAUGUUUCCCUAACAAUUAUUGAAUGUUGACUUGGACAAAGAUGUUUCCCUAACAAUUAUUGUAUGUUGACUUGGACAAAGAUGUUUCUCUAACAAUUAUUGUAUGUUGACUUGGACUAAGAUGUUUCUCUAACAAUUAUUGUAUGUUGACUUGGAGAAAGAUGUUUCUCUCACAAUUAUUGUAUGUUGAUAUUGACUAAAUAUUUUCCUCCUCAGUUAUUAAAUAAGCUGUUGAUAAAGAUGUUUGUCCUCCAGUUAUUAAAUAAGCUGUUAAUAAAGAUGUUUGUCCUUCAGUUAUUAAAUAAGCUGUUGAUAAAGAUGUUUGUCCUCCAGUUAUUAAAUAAGCUGUUGAUAAAGAUGUUUGUCCUCCAAAAUGAAUGUUGAGAUGCCAAGUCAAAAGAUGUUUCCCUUUCAAAAUUGAUGUCAACGGAUGUGUUUCAGGUUGACCGAGAAAAAUAUCAAUAUUAAAAUAAUUAUUUUUGGACCUGCUUU